AAAAAAAAAAAAAAGGCAGUGAUGACGAAAGCUUGGGGGCCACAAUUUGGCCUAUCGCCGCUAGAAGGAGCAAGCUUGAGAGAAUCUAACCUUCGAGUACUUAGCUUUGAGGUUUAUUGGAAGCUUCGCUACCCACAAUGGGUAAGGACGUCCCGUCAGAGGACAAGCUCUGGCUUGGGUUCUAGGACGAUCGUAUGAGGACGGUGAUCGAUGACUAGCAAACGGUGAUAAGCAGAUGAAGAUCAAUUUGUAUGUAGCAUCCGGCUGCCUAGUACUUAAUAGACGGAAUAGGCAGGUCGAUUUCUAUAUAUGAACCCCGCCGACACCCGAGUGCGACUGGUUUACGCGUCUUCCUAGGUACCGGUAGUUCGUAAUUCAAUCCUUCCACUACUACUGCUUACAUCCAGAUCGCUAUUUAGAGCGAAUCAUUCCAGGAAACAGGGGAUUUCCAUAUGUCUUAUAACUUAGCUCUACAUCACCGCAAGGACGAUGAAGGGCCGACGGCUACUGUUAACAGCUGCGCUUGUCUUGGACCUCCUCGGCACAAAGGCACAGUUUCCCCCAAAUAGGGAGGGCAUCACUGUCGUACAGUCAAAGUUCCAUGAGAAUGUCAGCAUCUCGUUCAAAGAGCCCGGCAUAUGUGAGACAACACCAGGGGUGAAGUCGUACUCUGGAUACGUGCAUCUCCCGCCUCACCUUCUCGGAGAUCAAGAUCAGGACUAUCCGAUCAACACGUUCUUCUGGUUUUUCGAGGCCCGCAAGGACCCGGCCAACGCCCCCCUCGCCAUAUGGUUGAAUGGCGGCCCGGGGGGCUCGUCCAUGAUGGGGCUGCUGGAGGAGAACGGCCCCUGCUUUGUUACGGCGGACUCCAAGUCGACGUACCGCAACUCGUGGAGCUGGAACAACGAGAUCAACAUGCUCUACAUCGAUCAGCCGGUGCAGACGGGCUUCUCGUACGAUGUGCUGACCAACGUCACGAUCAGCUGGGAGACAGGCGACUUGGAUGAGCCCGUCAUCACACCCACAAACUUCAGCGACGGGGAAAUCCCGGAGACCAACAAUACAUUCCUGAUCGGGACCACGGGCAGUCAGAAGGGAUCGCAGACGGCCAACAGCACGGAGCAAGCCGCCCAUGCUCUCUGGCAUUUCCUGCAGACGUGGCUGUUUGAAUUUCCGCACUACAGCCCUCGCGACGGCAGGGUCAGUCUCUGGACGGAGAGCUAUGGCGGACACUAUGGGCCGGCCUUCUUCCGGUUCUUUCAGAAGCAGAACGAGAAGAUCCGGAACGGGAGGCUGAAGGGCCCCCGAGCGCACUACCUGCACCUUGAUACACUGGGCAUCGUCGAUGGCGCUGUUGACUGGGCGACCGCGAUUGAGUCCUGUCUUGAAUUUCCGUACAACAAUACCUACAACGGCGCACAAUUCUACAACGACUCCCUCCACCAAGACCUCAUGCACAACUGGACCCGGCCCAACGGUCUCCGAGACCGGCUCGCCUCCUGCGCCAGCUCCCUCGACGACAUCUCCUCCUAUGUAAAUGCCACGGCCUGCCUCAACGUCCUCGAAGAAACAGUCACCGCCUGCCAGGCCCUCUUCACCGAGGUCACGUCGCGCUCGCCCUACGACAUCUCCCAACCGCUCCAGAAACCCUUCCCACCGCCUUACCUGCACGGCUACCUCGCACAAUCCCACAUCCUCUCCGCCCUGGGGGUGCCCGUGAACUACACGCCCGUCUCCUUCGCGGCCAACCACGCCUUCGACGCAACCUUCGACCCGCUGCAGACGGGCCAGCUCGAGGCGCUCGCGUCCUUGCUCGACCAUCAUGACGACGGUAAUUGGGCCGGCGGGGGAGGGGUGCGCGUGCACCUGAUGUAUGGCGACAGGGACCUGAUUGCCAACUGGCCGGGCGGGGAAUGCACCAGCCUCAAGGUGCCCUACUCCCGGCAGCGGGAAUUUGCUCACGAGACCGGGUACGCACCUCUCGUGGUGGAGGGCAAAGUGGCGGGGCUCACGCGACAGCUGGGCAAUUUCAGCUUCACCCGCGUGUUCCAGGCCGGGCAUGAGGUGCCUGCUUUUCAGCCGGCUGCGGCGUACGAAAUCUUCAGGAGGGCCAUGUUUGGGUGGGAUGUUGCGACCGGAAUGGUGAAGGUCACGGAUGAGUAUAGGACGGAAGGGCCGCGGGAUGCGUGGGGCGUGAGGGGGGAGUUGCCUGCGAUGCCUAAGGCGAGGUGUUAUGUGCUUAGGCCGGAUACGUGCGAGGAGGAGGUCUGGAAGACGGUGGUCAAUGGGACGGCCGUGGUCAAGGACUGGUUUGUGGUGGAGGGAGAAGGGGCGCCAGGCGGCGGUGUUGGUGGUGAUGAGUUGUGAAUGUGAAGCCUUCCCUUGGAAUAAGCAACUGGGCUGGAGGUCUGGAUACUGUUCCGUAGGUAGUCUAAACCCGCGCCUUCUGUUGCUUUGCCCA